CAUGCUUCAUUUAGUUGUAUAUAUGGUCCAAAAAACACAGAUCUGUUAUUUGCUUCGGUUUUGGUCAUUUUUAUCUCAAGUGGGACAUGAACAUUGAUAUUUUGUUUCUACCUUCUUUGAUUCACGUCUGCCUUUGCCUGAGGUCAUACAACAAUGUACAAGCAGUGUCCAUGGUUCUUAACAUCAUUGCUUCAUAUCCAUACCCUUGCUUGCAAUGGUGUCUUCAUAGCUGGCCAUCGAACAUAGAAACACUAGCAUCCUAGGCUUAAAAAAUUUAGCUCUGCCAAUAAGCAUCCAAUUUUGAUAUACAAAAAAGGUACAAUGUUUUUGCUGAGUUUGGGAUCUGUUUGUCCCUUCUUUAUAAAAUAGUUUAGAUACUUAAAAUAUUUCAGUAAUUGCUUGCGAGCUACUCUAGUAGUCAAGCGCAGUUCUUUUAAGAUGGAAAAUAACCAAUGAUGAAUUUAAAAGCACGGAACCUACCCAGCCUGGCUGGCAGGAAUCAAACAUGGUCAUCAGCCGACAGAGAUCCAUGGCUAGGCCAUGUUACCAUUGACGAGUGCAUUCUGUUUCACAAUGUUUAAGAAAUGCUUUGGUGAAUGGUGAUAAGUAGUGAAGUACCAUGAGUAUGGAAAAGAAAUUUACCCUUAUUUCAUACAAAAAACGUCAAAACGAAAAGGCAUGAGCCUAUAUUAGAACAACAAUAUCUUUAGGUCAUCUAAACAGAAGUUAAAACAUCAGUCUUAAAAAUGUAAAAGCACUAGUGUACAAAAAAGUAAAAGCAUCCAUUUAAAAAGAUGUAAAAUACUAAAGUACCAUCAGGCUAGGACACAAGUAAAGCAUAAGCAUCAACUUGCUCCCAACACAAGAAAGGAAUAUAUCAUAAGGGCUCUGGUACAUAUUUAUGCACCCCUACUGCUUCUCUUCUACACGUCCAUCAUAAAUACAAGCCUGUUUCCACCAUCGCAUCUUCCGUCCAAACUUGUUCAUUAUCUGGUACAAGGUUAAAUUAAGCAGCCACAGUUUAUUGUGUCCCAAAUGCAAGUUCUCAUGGACCCAGUGUUUUGGAAAGCAGCAGAAAAUCUCAUGGAUCCAGUGUUUAGGAAAGCAGCAGAUAAAGGAAAUAUAGUUAGCCUACAAGAGCUUGUCGCCGUCAAACCCAACACAAUUUACUCGACGACAAAGGCUGAGAAAAACACAGCACUUCACAUCGCAGCGUCAGAAGGCCACACUUUGUUUGUCCAUCAUUUCCUCCUCCUUGUAGGCACAAAUAUGGAGCUCAUGGUCAGUCAAAACAAUGAUGACGAUACGCCACUGCACCUGGCGGUGAGAGCGGGCCAUCUAGAAGUGGUCGAGCACCUGAUUCUAUAUUUGACGUGGGCAAGGGGAAUCGAUGCCAACUUAAAGGAGCCUACCACAAUGUUAAAUGGUAAAGGAAAUACACCGAUGCAUGAUGCACUGUCUCAUCGACAAUUGGACAUUGCACUAAAGCUUUUGGAGGUCAACCCAAGAUGUGCAAAUGCAUUGAACGAGGAAAUGCAGUCACCGCUUUACAUUGCUGCUAGGGAAGGCUAUCUCCAUGUUGUCAAGAAGAUUGCCGACCAGUUGUUGGCAGUCUCUAUCUCAACUAUUGGCACUCGUAUGACUGCUCUACACCAGGCUGUGUUGGCUGAUGACAUCGGGGCGCUGGAGAUCUUGUUGGACAGGUAUGAGGAGCUUGUGGAGUUGACAGAUUUAUUAGGGAACAAUGCUCUGCACUACGCUGCACAGCACAACAACGCACGCAUAGUAUCCAUUUUGCUCAACAAAUACUCCAAUCUAGCCUACAAGCAGAAUGACGAGAAGCAUACUCCUCUACACACAGCUGCUUACUAUGGCUCGGCAGAGGCUGCUAAAGAGCUAUUAAAGCAGUUUCCUGAUGCCAUUGAGAUGGUGGAUAAUACAAGGCAAAGUGCCCUCCAUAUAGCCGCCAGAAAUGACAAGGUGGACGUGCUUGAAUUGCUUCUCAAGUAUGUGCUGCCGGAGGAGAUUGUGAACCAACAGGAUAGGGACGGUAACACACCGCUGCAUCAUGCCGCCAAGCUCCUGAAUAGACAAUCAACAAUGUUACUACUCAAUGAUCGGAGAGUCAAACCGUGGCUGCUUAACCAAGAUGAAGAUACAGCGUUUGCCCUUUCUUGUAGAGCAGGAAUAUUUGAGAUGAACGUCGAUGAGAUGGACUUGUGGAAGGAACUGAAGAAGCAUGAGUCCAGAAGGCACAACCAGCAGGUAUUGACAGAGCAACAGUUUCGACCACUGUGGUACUGGGGAAGAAGGACAUACAUGGUUAGCAGUGUGGUCAUUAAUGUUUUCGUGGCUGCCAUGAUGAGCAUGGCCACCUUUGCAGUCACACUCGCCGUGCCUGGAGGGUACAGCCAACAGUCAGGCACCGCCAUUGUUGGACACCAUCUGGCCUUUAAGAUAUUCGCGGUCGGCAACACCAUCUCAAUGUGUGGCUCCACCUCCACUGUUCUUGUACUCUGCUACUUGUCGUGGAAGUAUCAUGGCCAGGUACUCACUAGAUUGAUUUGGGCCAAUAUGCUGAUUGUCCUCUCCGUUCUAACAGCGAUCGUCUCAAUGUUGACUGCCGUAUACCUCACCAUCGCGCCAGUGUCGCGGUUUCUUGCCUACGUGGUGAUUGCCAUUGGUGCCAGCGCUCCUUUCUUGGCGUGCCUGAUACUGCGGAAGAGCCUGACUAGAAAGUCCCUGUUUACACGGUGGAUCGGCAUGAAACUGGUACCUCAAGGGGAGACGGGUCACACGUGAAACAAGAUGCUCCCGGGGUACUUUUUAGUUCUUGUUUGAUUGAUGGACGUUGGAAUACUGGAUACAGUACACACUUCUAAAUUUGCUGUGGAACAAGAGGGUGUGAUUUGGGUGAUGAGAUA